CAUUAAUGAUGCCAAAUUAGAAGGAAAAGGAAAGGGAAAAAGAAAAUAGUAAAAACAAGCCUCCGCCCCUUAGCCGGCGAUCAGAACUUGUCCCUGAAGUCUUUACUGCGUUGUGAACCGUCAAGCACUUCAACCAAACCAGAAGAAAAUCAGCGGCGGGUGAACAACCUUUCAAGCUGGAGGAUGAGGCGGAGACCUGGAAUUGGAGGUUUGCAGAAUGCUGCUGCCGCUAGAGAUCAAUAUCGGCUGCUGGGAGAAAAUGUGGCGAAGCUUAGAACAGAUCUAAUGAAGGAGCAGCUAUCUACUUUUCGCUCUCAGCUUGAAGACUUUGCCCGCAAACACAAGAAUGACAUUCGCAAGAAUCCAGCUUUCAGAUCACAGUUCCAUGAGAUGUGUGCUAAAGUGGGGGUGGACCCCCUAGCCUCAAACAAGGGCUUCUGGGCAGAGCUGCUAGGGAUUGGUGACUUCUAUUAUGAACUUGGGGUGCAAAUUGUUGAUAUUUGCUUGUCAACUAGAGCUCAUAAUGGGGGUUUGAUCAGCUUAGAGGAACUUUGCAAACUACUUGGCCAGAGACGCAAAGGAGCUCGUGAAGCUGUCUCUGAGGAUGACUGCUUGCGUGCUAUUAGUAAGCUGAAGGUACUAGGAAGUGGUUUUGAGGUGAUCUCUGUUGGAAAGAGAAAACUUGUUCGAUCUGUCCCAACAGAACUAAACAAGGACCAUAAUGAAAUCCUAGAGCUGGCACAGGCUCAAGGCUUUGUGACAGUUGAUGAGGUACAGAGACGGCUUUCCUGGCCUUCUGGGCGUGCCACUGAUGCCCUUGAAACUUUAUUAGAUGAAGGUCUUGCAAUGAUUGAUGAUGGUGAUAAAGAUGGAAGACGACGAUACUGGUUUCCAUGUGUAUCUUCUAUAUCUUCAUAUGCAGGAGCUGAUACCUCCUAAGGUUAUGAAACAUGACAAUGAGACGAUCCUUCUUGUAUACACAUGAAGAAUUGUCAAUCUGAUUGUGGUCUGAUUAGCAAGGCAAAAUAACCUCUCUGCUGUUAACAUUCUACAUUUGCAAAGUUAUCCAUGCAAAUCUCUUGGUGAUUUUAUAUAGGAGGUGGGUGUGGUAUUGGGAAUUGGUGGUUGAAGUUGUAGUUGUGAAAGUAGUACAGGUUUAGAAUCAAACUGUACAUGCUUUUGUACAUGAAGCAGCCAAAAAAGUGAACGCAAAUUUCAAAAUAUACACAGAUCUUCUCUUUCAUUAUUUCUCAAGGGUGGAAAGAAGUCUAUUCAGCCAUGUUCUCUUCUACUAUACUGUUCCAUUCUUC